AUGGCUGGUAUUGAUAAAGACGAUAUUUCUUUACCCAAAGCUACAGUACAGAAACUCAUAUCAGAAGUACUGGAUGAUGAUUUGUCGUUUAAUAAGGAUGCCAGAGAAAUCAUAAUAAAAUCCGGGAUAGAAUUCUUGAUGAUUCUAUCUUCCAUGUCCUCUGAAAUGGCUGAACAGGACUCAAAGAAAACAAUAGCACCUGAACACGUUUUGACUGCACUAAAAGAACUAGAAUAUGACUCAUUUAUCCCUUUCUUGGAACAAAUCCUGACUGAGUUCAAAGGGACACAAAAAAUUAGAGAGAGAAGAGAUUCAAAAUUUAAAAAUUCUGGUCUAACUGAAGAAGAGUUACUACGACAACAGGAAGAAUUAUUUAGAAAAUCAAGAUCUAAAUUACAAAAUAACGCAAUACCAGAAAAUAUCAAGACUGAACAGCAAUAA